AUGCUCAUUCGUCGUGUUUUAUUUGCGCAGUUCUUCUACGCCAGCUUGGGUGCUUCAAUUUGCCGCGCUGCUACUGUGCCUGACUUCCCAACCCCGGUGUCCGGAAUACAGUUUCUACCGCUGGAACAGCACAUGGACGCUACAGUUUGCGUGCUCACAGACUGCCCCAUCGCCCCAGUAGACGAUGGUCACGGCCUGUCGGUGAAGGCACCCACCCCUUGCACUGAUAAUGCCUCGCUUCACCGUCCAUCGUUCGGCAGGUUCCAUUCCGUGACGUCACCGGCCGCGGAUAUAAAAGCACCACCGCCGCAUCUGCACGUCAGUGGGCAAGGAAACAGCGAAGCUUCGACGAUGCUCAUCUGUCGUGUUUUCUUUGCGCAGGUAAACUACCUCCAAAAUGCUUACUGCUUUCGCUCUGAUAAUCGCUUCUUGCUGCUGUUUCCUUGCCCAUUUGACUGUUCUGAUGGUCUUGCUACGAAGUGCCUUUCAUUGCGUUCGCAUCUAUUCCAUUGCAUUUGCACACUGCUUCAGAGCGGGGAUGUAGAAACAAAUCCAGGCCCUCAGAGACAGGCAAAGUCUAGUUCAGCCAACAAAGGCAGUAAUAUUGCUUCAAGCAGCAGUUCUGCCAUUAACCUUUCGGCAAUGGAUAACAACGAAAGGCUUGAGGAGACAGACAGCAUUGCUUCUGUUAAAAGCAUGUUGAAUGAGCUACUAUCAGGACAGAAAAAACUGGCUGACGAUAUAGCUGAAAUCAAGCAAUUUCAUCAAUCCGUAAAUUCUAGAUUUGAUGCCCUCGAAUCUCGAGUGGCUUCUCUUGAAUCAACCUCCGUAUCAGCGGCUGUUUCUGAGGGGACCUGUUCCCUAAAACAAGAACUUAACUCAGUGAAAUCCAUCGUGGAACAACUUACCGCAAAAAAUGAUGACCUAGAAAACCGAUCCCGGAGAAACAACGUUAUUUUUCAUGGCAUUUCGCAAGAACCCGAGGAAACAAAUGCGUCACUGCUUUCAAAGGUGUCACAGUUGAUUACAGAUGAACUUGAAAUGGAAUGCCCGCGAAUCGAAAGAUGCCAUCGCUUAGAGAACGGUAGCGAAGGCCGUCCUCCUCCUACUAUCAUUAAACUCCUCAAUUUCAACGACAAAGUUGCGAUUAUGAAAAGUGCCAGGAACAUCGAAGACCCAAAUGUUCGCGUUACUGAGGAUUUUACAGCUCGCGUACACAUAAUACGUAAAAAAUUGUGGGAAGCAACAAAGUCUGUGAGAGAUACUGGCACAAACGUUCGCAUUAUCUACGAUCACGUCUUCAUUGACAAUGUUCGUCACGACUGGGACAAUGCUUCUGUCUCAUUCGGACCAACAGCCGCACAAAAGGUAUUAAAACUGCACUCCCUCUUCCCGGUCCUCGAUGACUACCACAACAGAAGAACGCUAACUUACACCUCUUAA